AUGUCUGAUUACGAGAAGGGGGGCGAAGCUCCAUCGGAGGAGUACCAACAACUCAUCCAGUUCAUUCGUGACCAGAAGUCCAGCUCUGGUGACGAAGAGGUCGACGAUGGAUCGCGCGUCGUCAAGAAGCGCUCCCUCCUGACGCCAUGGAAGACGCGCCAGGUUCGCGUUAACAAGGAAGGUGAAGAGGAGGAGGUUGCCGCCAAGGUUCCUCCCUCUUGGUGAGUAUAAUGUGCAGCACGCUUUUGGCCGGGCUUCGCAUCCGGCCUCUCCACCACCGCUCCUAUGCUCACUCGACCCACUCUUUUGAUCACGUUCAGGCUCGAGACUGAUAUGUCUCAAGGUGUAUCGGAGGCCGAAGUCCACAAACGUCGUCAGAUCUUCGGCUUCAAUGAGCUCGAGAGUCCCCACGAAAACUUGUUCCUCAAAUUCCUCGGUUUCUUCAAGGGCCCAGUUCUCUACGGUGAGUACCACUGGCUAGAGUGGGACACGUCGCUCCCCAUUGUCGUCUGCGCUCCGCCAAGAUCCGGCCAGAUUCGAAAGGAUGGCGACGUUUUUCGUGGGGCCGACGGUCAACCACCUGGCGCGCGCGCGGGCGCGCGGGCGCGCGAAAAGAGCACGUGCGCACGGCUUGCUGAAAGACUUGCGGGCUGCUGACGUGCCGCGCGCCUGCGCGCCCCAUGAUUACGCGCCAACGCGGUCCGGACCAAGCAUUUGUUGCUUCUGAAGGAAUUCCGCUUACAUGCUUCGUCCGCUUUGCCCUGUAGUCAUGGAGCUGGCUGUCAUCCUGGCUGCUGGUCUCCGUGAAUGGAUCGACUUUGGUGUCAUCAUCGGUAUUCUUAUGCUCAACGCUUUCGUCGGUUGGUACCAGGAGAAGCAAGCUGGUGACAUCGUCGCUCAACUCAAGGCCGGCAUUGCCCUCAAGACCACCGUCGUUCGCGGCGGUCAGGAGCAUGACAUCGAAGCACGUGACUUGGUUCCCGGUGACAUUGUCGUCGUUGAGGAUGGUAUGACCAUUCCUUGCGACGGUCGUCUUCUUGCCGACUACGAGGACAAAGACUUGAGCGGUGCUAACAAGAUUCGCGAGAAGAUGGAAGCUUCCCGUCGCGCUGGCGCCGGUGAAGGCGAGGACGAUGAAGGUAUCGACAAGGGCCCUGCAAUCAUCGCUUGCGACCAGUCCGCCAUCACCGGAGAGUCUCUCGCUGUCGACAAGCACAUUGGUGACACCGUCUUCUACACCACUGGAUGCAAGCGAGGAAAGGCGUACAUUCUCUGCACUGACAUUGCCAAGCAAACCUUUGUUGGCCGCACCGCUGCUCUCGUUCUCGGUGGCUCUCAGACCAAGGGGCACUUCCAAAUCGUCAUGGACUCCAUCGGUGGUGUUCUUCUCGUCCUCGUCAUCGUCUUCAUCCUGAUGUUCUGGAUCUCGGGCUUCUUCCGUGGUACCGGUAUCGCUACUCCUCGGGACAACAACUUGCUCAUCUACUCGCUCAUUUUCCUGGUCAUUGGUGUCCCCGUUGGUCUUCCUUGUGUUACCACCACCACCAUGGCUGUCGGUGCAGCUUACCUUGCUAGACGCCAAGCAAUCGUUCAGAAGCUCACUGCCAUCGAGUCUCUUGCUGGUGUGGACGUUCUUUGCUCCGACAAGACCGGUACGCUCACGGCCAAUAAGCUGUCCAUCCACGAGCCUUUCACUUCCGAGGGUGUUGACCCCAACUGGAUGAUGGCUGUCGCCGCUCUCGCCUCGUCGCACAACGUCAAGUCUCUUGACCCCAUCGACAAGGUCACGAUCUCGACUCUCCGCGACUACCCUGGUGCCAUCGAGGAGCUCGGCAAGGGCUGGAUCACUCACAAGUUCACUCCUUUCGACCCCGUUUCUAAGCGUAUUACUUCCGAAGUUGAGAAGGACGGUAUUCAAUACACCGCUGCUAAGGGCGCCCCCAACGCCAUCCUCAAGCUCUGUGCACCUGAAAAGGAGACCGCUGACCAGUACCGCAAGGUCGCUGCCGACUUCGCUUCCCGUGGUUUCCGUUCGCUCGGUGUGGCGAUCAAGGAAGGCAACAACAGAUGGCAACUUCUCGGUCUGCUGCCCAUGUUCGACCCCCCUCGCUCCGACACUGCCGCUACUAUCGCCGAGGCUCAAACGCUUGGUGUUUCGGUCAAGAUGCUUACUGGUGACGCCGUCGCAAUUGCAAAGGAGACCUGCAAGAUGCUUGCUCUCGGAACCAAGGUCUACGACUCUCACCGUCUCAUUGGCUCCGGUGGUAUGAGCGGCUCUGCUAUCCACGACUUCGUCGAGGCUGCAGAUGGUUUCGCUGAGGUUUUCCCCGAGCACAAGUACCAAGUCGUGGAGAUGCUGCAGCACCGUGGACACUUGACUGCCAUGACUGGUGAUGGUGUGAACGACGCCCCGUCUCUCAAGAAGGCCGAUUGCGGUAUUGCCGUCGAAGGUGCUUCCGAUGCUGCUCGUUCCGCUGCCGAUGUCGUCUUCCUCGACGAAGGUCUGUCCACCAUCAUCACCUCGAUCAAGGUCGCUCGCCAGAUUUUCCAUCGUAUGAAGGCUUACAUUCAGUACCGUAUCUCGCUCUGCUUGCACCUUGAGAUCUACUUGGUCUUGUCCAUCAUCAUUCUCGACGAGACCAUCCGCGCCGACCUGAUUGUCUUCAUUGCCCUCUUCGCCGAUCUUGCCACCAUCGCUAUCGCCUACGACAAUGCUCCCGCAGCUCGUGCACCUGUCGAGUGGCAGCUUCCUCGUAUUUGGAUCAUCUCGACCAUUCUCGGUAUCUUGCUUGCCAUCUCCACCUGGAUCAUCCGCGGUACCCUGUUCAUCGAGGGAUCCGGCGAGAGCGGCGGCAUCAUCGCCAACUUCGGUAACACGCAAGAAAUUCUCUUCCUCCAGGUCUCUCUUGUCGAGAACUGGCUCAUCUUCGUUACCCGUCUUGGCGGUGGUGAGUCUGACAUCACCCUGCCAUCUUGGCAACUUGUUGGUGCCGUUGCUGGUGUGGACGCCAUCUCGACCAUCUUCUGCUUGUUCGGCUGGCUCUCCGGUGCCCCUAACCGUAACCCCAUCACCGCUCCUCACGGUGGAUGGACCGACAUCGUUACCGUUGUCCGUGUCUGGGCCUACUCCUUCGGUGUCAUGGUCGUCAUUACGCUCGUCUACUUCAUCCUCAACCGAAUCUCUUGGCUCGAGAACCUCGGCAGACGCCAGCGUGCCCACAAGUCUCCUCUCCUCGAGGACUUCAUGAUGUCCUUGCAAAGGCUCACCAUUGUCCACGAGAAGGCGGCCAAGGAGGGCGAGAACGACGUCUACUCCUUCGCUCAACGUCUCGAGAUCGAGGACGAGUAA